AUGUCUCGGCUGCGCCGUGAUGUCGUCCUCCGCGUAGACGCAUCCUUCGAUCCAUCAUUCCUCACCGCGAGGACCAACAGGCUGUGCCACAGGUCUCACGAUAGCUGUGCAAUUGUUCUAAUUAUAGUGGCAAAGAUGAGGGAUUCCGCAUCAGAGACCGUGGCACCAGAGACCGUCGCGCCUGUUACUUCGAUCGCCUCAGUUGACGGGAAUCUCAUCACCGCAAUCUACACUCCCACAUCCAUAUCCAUCACAGGGCUUGUUCCCCCAAUCACUGCUGCUACCACAGUGACCACGACCGACUCCGCCGGCGAUAUGGUUGCUAUUGCCGUUGCAGCAGGCGCCGGAGUCGUUGCCGCCGGAGCCCUGGCCGGCUGGUUGUUCAAGCCUGUUGCAGGUGCACCACCAGCGCCGACUACGCCGCCUCCUUACUCAACAUCGGCUCAAGAUGAGGAGCCCCCAGUUACAGACCCUCCAGAUGACCCAAUCACUACAACAGAGGCGGCCGCUUGUCCCUUCCCAACCAAGGCCGGCAUGACGGCCGAGAUCCCAUCCCAGACUGGCAGCUCUUACACUGCAAAGUGCACCCCGUUGGGAGACAAUGGCCAGCUUUUCAGAGGUAUUGACCCUGGAUUCAUCAAGGAACUCUCGGUUGUCUUCUGCAAGAAUGACCUGUCUAAGGACUUUACCCAAUCGAUUGGUAAAGACGACCUCCCCGACGACUCGUCUUGGAAGCGAGACGGUGGUCCCGAGGAGAAAGUAAAGUUCACCUUCGACUUCAAGAACCAGGCCGACGGAUGCGCCGAUUAUUGCGAGAAAGCAUAUUCAAGCUUGGUCUCCAGCUGCCAGUACAAUUCUCACUAUCUCUACGGAGGCGGCAGUCUGGAACAAGGCUGUGGCACGUAUGCGCUAGAGGUCGAUGGAGAACCAAUCACCAGGCUGACAUGUACCGGCGACAAUGGUGAUCCUCUCCGGAACUACGUGUAUCGAGACGCGGCGCUGGAAGCCAUCGACAACUUCUGCACGGCCCAAGACGGAAAAGUUGUCAAGCAGAAUGACGAUUCCACAUUCAUCACGGAAACAACCUUCUCCAUCAGCUAUGCCAGUCCAUGUGGCGGAAGCGGCGAGUACAAGGUGGAGAAGGAUCUGUGUGUCAAGUACUUGAGACGAGCUGUAGACGACUGCGAUACCAAUACCAUCGUGUAUAAGCACGGCGGCGGCUUGGAAGACGAGGACAACUGCGGGCUCUUUGAGCUCCAUCCAACGGGCUAUGAUCUAGUGUCCUGCUACCCCGACAACGCAGAGAAAGGCUACAUCACGGCAGGCGAUCACGCGUCUGUCACCAGUGACAUGGCUCAGGACGCCAUCAACGCCUUCUGUGACCGGUCCGGCGACGGACAGCAGUAUACGCUGGAUCCCACCGUGCAGCCCGACACCGGCAGCUUCAUCCAGGACACGUGCAAGGAGGAAGGCAUGGCCAGAUGUGGCUACCAGUACCUCAACGACGGCACGCGGGUGAAGGAUGGCGAAUCGGGAGAUAUCUUCAUCCGCCUCCAGGCUUUUCACUUUAAUCCCAACGACGCACUGAAGUGCAACGCCGAUCAAGCCUAUGAGAUCCACGGCGAUAGGUGCAAGAAAAUGCUGGGCAAGUUGAUUGGCGAUGGCUCAGUCAGUACGUGCGUCGGCGACGACAAGAACAAGCUGGACCUUGGCACCUUUAUCGAAGUAGGAGACAAGGGGUGUGUGACGUGGAACAUGUGGGCAAUCAAUAUAUAG